GUUCUCUUUGUUUUCACCACUGCAAUCUAUCGCGUCCCCUCCUUUUACUUCAUCUUCUUCUCUCACCUGCUCUUUUCCCUUUUUCCAUACACACACACACACACACACACAUAAAAGAAAAAUGACAGGAAAUCAAAGAUUAUCGGGAAAGGUUGCUAUAGUCACCGGUGCUGCAAGCGGCAUAGGGUUUGAAGCUGCGGUGCUGUUUGCGAAAGAAGGAGCACAAGUCGUGUGUGCCGAUCUCAACGAACAAGGCAUCCAGAAAACUGUAGAAAAGAUUACGUCUGUUGCAGGCGAGAAAAGAGCGAUCGCUGUCAAGACAGAUGUAUCCAAGGAGGAGCAAGUUAAGCAUCUUGUGGAUACCGCUGUCAAAACAUACGGAAAACUCAACAUUAUGUUCAAUAACGCGGGUAUCAUGCAUCCCGAGGACGACAGUGCUUUAACAACCGAAGAGCGUAUUUGGGAUCUCACCAUGGACAUCAAUGUGAAGGGUGUUUGGUAUGGAUGCAAGCAUGCUAUCGUAGCCAUGAGACAGGCAGGUGGAGGAUCCGUUAUCAAUACCGCGAGUUUCGUUGCCUUGCGUGGUGCUGCGACACCCCAACUUGCAUACACCGCAUCCAAAGGCGCUGUUUUGGCCAUGACCCGUGAACUUGCCAUGGUGCAUGCUCGGGAAAACAUCCGGUUUAAUGCAUUGUGCCCGGGGCCAUUGCGUACCCCACUGCUCAUGGACUUUUUGAACACUGAGGAGAAAAAACAACGACGGCUUGUUCAUCUCCCUCAAGGACGGUUCGGUGAGGCAAUUGAACAGGCGUACGGUGCGUUAUUCCUCGCUUCGGAUGAAAGCUCAUACGUUACGGGAACGGACUUUCUGGUGGAUGGUGGUUUGGCUAACGCUUACGUGACUGCUGAAGGCGAGCCGAUUGGCACUGUGCCACGAAACUUUGCAGAGACAUAAUCAUUUUUCUUUACAUCGCUCGUCAAAUAAAACGCCUACCAUGUCUUUCGAUAUUAUGCAGUGGAGCUAUCGUAGUAAUUCGUAUCUGCUUCCAAGGAUGUGACUGCAAUUGAAAAUAAGUACCUGUUUUGCGAUUAUUUGUCUAGCGUCCACCAUGUGUCUUUGUAGAUAUGUCUCUUUCUAUAUUGAUGACUAUAUGCCCAUGAAUACUAUAUUAUUGUUUUUCUGGGGACUCUUUUUGUCCUUGUUCUUUUGCA